GCCGCGCCACUUGAGGACCAGCACGUAUCCUUCCUCUCCCAACACUAUACCCUGGCCGCCAAAGCGCUCCCAACCCCUUGCUGGCAGAACCUCCCCCUUCUCUCCCACGCGUCCCGAGUCUCUAGGCUCACCUCGCGAUGCUGAUAAGGAGGAUGUCCGUAUCCCCUUUCCGCCCAAAGCCGAGGAUUUGUCCUUCUCUGGACUUGGUCUCGGUAAGCAAACGCGUCAGCGACGUGAUUGCUUCGAGCAGGACGGGGACGGUACUGGUUUCGCGCGAAGAACCCAGUUUAGCAUAUCGGUUACGUCGGAAAAGGGUAGGAGUGAUAGUAUGGACCACAUCAACGAGCUGGCGGUCCCGAAGCCGCCACUUUCGCGGAUUCAUUCGUUCCCCCAGCCGGCUUUGAGCACGGGGGGACACUCGACGUUUGGUACGGGCUGGACCAAUACGAAGCUGUUUCAUCUGCGAGAGGACAAUGACUCCCUCUCGCCGUCUAUUACGUCGAGCUCGUCAGCUUCGCCGUCGCCGUCGCCCACUUCGGACCAUUUGGUGUGGCGGAUCGCGAACAUUCGCCCCUUGGUGAAACUAUGGGAGAUCGGGAUAACUAUAGUGCAUUCCUGAACAG